UUUUGGGUCCAGAUUAAUCAGGGGCCGAAGUGAAAAAUAGCCCUAUUAUAUAUCAUUAUAACAUUUUGACACUAUUCUUUCAGCAUUCUCUGAUACGCCUUCUUUCUCGAGCCUUCAGAUUUUAUGAUCUAUAAUAAAUGGACUCAUCAUGAUAAAAAUUUGACUUCCAUCCUUACCAUUGAAAUGUCAGUUAAAGAAAAUAAACAGCUGUGGACCGUGAACCGUGAAGUGCGGGUCUGACGCGGAUUACCUGGAUACUUGCUUUAAGUGUGGGUGGGCAUUCACACGCACGUUUCUCGACACUUUUGUAAAGAAAGAUUAAUUUUUCUCUCGAAUGGAAUCACCACAAAGAACUUCAAGAAUGGCGAGUGGGCUUCUUUUUCACACUUUUUAUGUACUACUAAUUCUGGAGUUGAGCUGGGGUAAAGUGUUUGAGGAUCUUGAUGAAGCAGCGCGUCAAAGUGCCGAGUUCCCGCUGGAUAUGGAGCAGCGCGUUUUUACGCACGGAAACGCAAACCGGGACAUGGUCUCCAUCAGCAUGUUCAAAGUGUACGAGAAGUACACUAAAGAGACGCAGAACCAGAGGGAUGGAAACACCGUGAGAGGUUUUAAGGCUGUCCCGAGAGUCAUGAACGGCAAAGAGGUGUUCCAGUUCAACCUGUCCUCCAUCCAAGACUCAGAGCUUAUCCUCUCUGCCUCCUUUCAUUACCUCUACAAGCGACCCCGCCAACACCAGCGACCGUGGCGUUUCAGGAGGCCUCGCCACCCAUCCAGCGGCCUCCAGCAUCCUUACCCUCCCUCUCAGAAACUCCUCUUCCACGGAUCGACUUUAAACUCUGCUUUUGCAACACCGCUGGGAAACAUAACUCUGGCUCCUUUCAAGAAGGGCUCCUGGCAAACAAAGGAUGUAUCGUCGGUGGUAAAACACGCCAGGGAAGCCAAAGAGCUUGUUUUAACGGUGGAGUUUGAUACGGGGUCUGGUGCAGCUCAUGUGCAGCAGAAAGAGCGUCUGUCUUCAGAAAACCUGCCGUAUCUUUUGAUAUACGCUGAUGAUCAAGCUAUAGAUGAGCCGAACAGUGUUGCCAUGUCGCUCCAGCGGUAUGGGUCCUUCCCUAUAGGAGAGGACGGAUCUCCCUCAGCUUCUGCAUCUGCCUCAAGAAUCCGGAGGGAGCUUCACCUCCAGAUCCAAACCAACGACAUCCCAGAGGUCCAGUUCAACUCCCUGAAGAACCAUGAACUGUGGCAGAACACAUAUUUCCCUGCCAAAGCCAAAGCAGCAGUAAAACCAGGGAGGAAGCAGGGUCAGGACAGCAGCGAGGGCCUGAGUAAGCCCCAGGUGCUGAGUUUUGAUGAGAGGACAAUGAAAAAGGCCCGGAGGAGACAGUGGAGCGAGCCAAGGGUUUGCUCCAGGAGAUACCUCAGGGUGGACUUUGCUGACAUUGGAUGGAGCGAGUGGGUUUUGGCACCAAAAUCGUUUGAUGCAUUCUACUGUGCCGGGACCUGUGGAUUCCCCAUCCCUAAAGUGGUGCGUCCAUCCAAUCACGCAACCAUCCAGAGCAUCGUCAGAGCUGUGGGAAUCGUCCCUGGUGUCCCUGAACCGUGCUGCGUACCAGAGAAGAUGAGUCCACUCAGCGUUCUCUUCCUGGAUCCACAUAGGAAUAUGGUGCUAAAGGUUUAUCCCGGCAUGUCUGUGGACACUUGUUCCUGUCGAUAAGGCCGAAACAAGGGGUGGGGGGGCAUUGUAUGAAAGAAGAAAAAGACUGAAAGGAAAGACAUACAUGUAGACUCAACAUUAUGUGAGGAGGGCAUUUCCACAUGAAGGAGGACAGUGGUGAUGAGGAGAGCUGAGGAUGAACUGAUCUGAGUAGCACAGACUCUAGUUGAGUCUCACUCUGAGAACUCUUUGCUGAAUCUUGGAUUCUUUCCACAUUAAAGGAUGUUGGCUCAUUUUUUCAUGCUCUUAUAGAUGUACUUUUGUUCCACUGGGUCUUUUUUGUGUCUUUCCCCCUUCCUCAUCCAAACUCAUUUUUAGGAAGUGCUCUUAAUACAAGCCUAAGUAUGUAAUGGUUCUUAAUUUUCUAUGAAUAAACCAACUGAACGCUUACCUUGAGUACCAAACUCUUCAGCUCUGUUGAUCCUUCAAGAACAUUUCAACCCUUUUUCAGCACAUUUCACUUGUAUAAAGCUAUUUUGAGUUUUAUGAUUUGAUAUCCUUUCAUAAGCUCAACAUCUGGGUUUCAACAACCUCUGAAACUCUCUGAAGUUGAUAUCCUCCUGUCUUUAACCACAUUUCUGAGAUUGGACUGAAUUUGGACAAAGCGAUGAACUACUUAUGGAAUCAAAGACUCAGGAGGGUCACAGAAGACAAAGUCAAUCAACUCUAGUCAUGUAAAUAUUGUAUUUACUAAUGCAAACUAAAUGCUACUUAUCUUUAAGAGACGUCUCCCUUACGUUAGCACGAAAUGUUUUUCAUGCAUGAAAGAUUAAUCUCUUUUGAAUCUAAUACUCUUUUGUUUAUUUGUACAUAAUGUGUUUACUUUAGCACCAACUGAGAUUUCAUGUACUUCAAGCAUUGUGUGGCUUGUUUCUGCUAAAUAUUUAAGCAGUGCUCUGCUGCCACCUGCUGUGCAUCAUGGGAAAGUUGAGAGGCACAUUUUGAAGGGGAAAGCUCUAUUACUUCCUGUGGCUGUUCAGUAUUUCUCUUUUAUACAUGAGCGCAAUUUCUCAGAGCUGACAUGUACAGUAUGUAUGAAGAGUAGAUUUUCAUGGUAAGAAAAUGAUAUAUAUAUAAAUAUGUCUCAUCUUACUACCAUAUGUUAAAAAUUGAAGUUGAAUAGUCAUGUUAUGUGUGCUUUAACAAAUCAUUGAUGUGAUGUAUGCUAGGUGAGGAAAUAAAAUGGAUUGUAAAUACAC